AUGGCGGCACCUGUACGAAGAUCUGGACUACAGCAAGAAGUUAUCAACUUUUACAGACAAUGUUUCCGGGCUACUCUGCAAAAGCCAAAGGAAAAUCGUGCUCGCUUUCAAGCAUUUGUCCGAAAUGAAUUUCGGAAUCACAAGAUUCGCAAGUCUGAUUUCACUACAAUUGAAUACAUGCUGAGACGCGGAAAACGACAGUUGGAAGCAUACAGCUCGCCUAGCAUCAAAGACAUUCAUCUUUAA